CUAAAAUCAACUUCUCUCCUCCUUCGUUUUAUGCGAACAAAAAGCAUCCUCAGACAUGGACAAAUCUAUGGUCCUCAAUUUGCUAGUGUUUACCAUUUUGCUAACGUUACUGUGUCCAAAGACAGAUUGCUAUUGGCCGCCACAUCGCCCCACGCCCACUGAAGAUCCCUUUACAUCAUUUUGUAACACCCAGUUUCAAUUGGCAAAUCGUGCUUGCGCACUUGUAACUUUCAGUUCGGUGGGUUUGCCCCAUCACCAUCACCGCCACAGACACCACCAUGGUCACGGCCACCACCACAACCACCACGAUCACGACAAGCAAGAAGUACACCAACAUUUAAUGCAUACCGAAACCGAAAAUGCUCUGGUAGAAGAAGAAUGUUGCCGAUGGUUAAAGGAAGUGGAUAACGAUUGCGCGUGUAGCGUGUUCGUUCAUUUGCCCACAUUUCUCGCAAAACCUCCACACAAUUAUUCUCUUGUGGUUAACGACGAGUGCGAAGUUUCAUUUCAGUGCAGUCCAAGGUUGGCCUAACUUUCGAAAAACGAUGAUUCGAGUAUUAAUAUAUGGUACUUAUAAUAGUAUUAAUGAUAAUAUGUUGAAAGUAAAUUAAGGUAUGAGGGGUACAAGGAGAUAUGUGAUCAAAAGAAGUAUAUGUUUGGCAUUUUGAUUCCUUAAUUUCAAUAAUGCUGCAAUUAAUAUUAAUUAAAAUUCAACUCACUUAAGUUUGAAAAGAAUAAAAAUACCAAUAAACAACUUUAUUUUUAUGAGACCCUACACCAAUGCAAG